GUAUUAUAAGCUGUCAUUAUUUCCCUCCUUUAUCUUUACAAAAACCUAAACAAUAAUAACACAUUUCAAUAUUUCAUACUCAUUAAGCGCAAGAUCUAAGGUGCCACUAUACAAGUGCAAUUUGCAAAGCAACAACUACUAUACACAAAAACCAAAACAAAAUUAAUUAGAAGAGAGGUUAAGAAGAAUCAUGAUGAAUAAGGGAAGAGAAGGCAAAAGAUCAGCACCCUCUACUGAUUUGUUAGUAUGUUUCCCAUCUCGAACUCAUCUUCGUCUAAUGCCUAAGCCCAUUUGCAGCCCAGUUAGGCCUUCGGAGCCCAACAAACACCACCACCACAAAACUUACCAUCAGCGUAAGAGAUCAAUCUCCAGAGCUGGUGGAAGUAUCAGUGGUGGUGGUCAAGCCGGUAGUCCUAUGUUAUGGACUAAAAACAAGUCAAUGGGAUCUGAAAAUUCGGAACCAACCUCUCCAAAAGUUACCUGUGCCGGACAAAUCAAAAUGAGGCCUAAAAAUUCUGCUUGUAGGAGCUGGCAAUCGGUGAUGGAAGAGAUAGAGAAAAUUCAUAACGACAAGAAGCAAAAAAAGCGUCUCAAUUGGGCCGAAUCUCUCGGUUUCAAGAAAGAGAUUAUGCAAUUCUUCACUUGUUUACGAGCCAUACGCUUUGACCUUCGUUGCUUUGGAUCCUUCUCUGGAACCGAUAUCACAACAGAAGAUGAAGAUGAAGAAGAAGAUGACGAUGGUGAAGAUGAAGAUAAAGAUGAAGUGUAUUAUAACGAUCAUGUUGGUGUAGAAGAGACUCAUCGCGACAGCGAAUCAUCAAGAGCUGUGUUCUCAAAAUGGUUCAUGGUGAUGCAAGAAGAACAAAAUAAAGUUGUUCACAAAGAAGAAGAAAAGAAAGAUGAAAACUGUGGUGAUGGAGAAAUCUCUGUGCCUCCUCCAAAUGCAUUAUUGCUCAUGCGAUGUAGGUCUGCUCCGGUGAAAAGUUGGUUGAAAGAAAGUGAAGAAGAAGGUGGAAAUAAUAAUGAAAAAGAAAACAAUUCACAGAAAGAGAAAGAAAAGGAAAAAGAAUUAGCAAAAACACAUGUAAAGAAAGGGCAAAGUUUAAAGUCAUUGAUGGAGGAAGAUAAUAACAAUAACAAAGAGAAUUUGGUAGUGAUGAGAUAUCACUCUGAUUAUUAUGGUAUUUCAACUGAUAUUGCUAGAGAGACAUGGAUUGUUGGUGGUUUAACAGAUCCAAUGUCGAGGAGUCGAAGUUGGAAAAGAUGAAUUAAUCUGAUCAUUUUCCAAUAUUAAUUACUCUUAUAAUUUUGUUUUGUUUUGGUUUCAAGCAUUAAUUUUUGUUUUCUCUGAGCAUUGGUUGUUUUGUGCUAACUGGGAAAUUCAACAUUAAAUUCCCAGGUUUAGAAUCUUUUAUGAUCAUUUUGGUUUCUCUGUUGUACAGCUUUUUGGUUUAUUUUACAUAAGUACCUUGGAAAGUUUUUUACAGGUAUAAAUAUGUACUAUAUAUGUACUUGUAUGAAUUUGUGUACUCUGUUCUCUAGAUUCAUAAAUUACUGUAUAGUUAAAGGAAUGUGUAUUUUUUUUU